UUUUGAAUUAUAAAUAUAAAAAAAAUUAACUCGACAAUUAAACUUUCAGUUCCACUUGUGUCGUUCAACAAUUGUGAUGUGAAUUAAACUGAACUCAUUCAAUUUGAAUAUGGAUAAGCAAGACGAUAAUUCCGUCGACAGUGGAAAGACACAUAAAGCUCCCGUUGAAUCUGAAACAAUAUCGAUUUAUUGGCUACCGGUGUUUAUACUGCCGUGGAUCGUAUUGUAUAUUGGGACACUAUUAAGUUAUCAGACGCUACCAACUCCAAUAUUACUUGAAAAUGAGGCGCAAUAUCCACAUCGAUUUGUUGCCGAACGGGCGAAACGAUUAAACGAUGAACUAACUGGCAUUGGUCCACGGGUAGUGGGAAGUAUAGAGAAUGAAGUUCUAGCAAUUCAGUUUCUCGAAAGAGAAGUUCAAAAAAUCAUCGAAUCUCGUAAUGUAAUUCACAAUAUCGAAUAUGAGGUUCAGAAUUCAUCGGGAUCGUUCGAGCUGGACUUAAUGACAUCCGUUUACAACGACAUACAAAACUUUGUAGUAAGGUUCACACCGGCCGACCGAAUUCCAUCGCACUUUUUGCUGAUUAACAGUCAUUUCGACACGGUACCCAUAAGUCCAGGAGCUGGCGACUCGGCCACGAUGGUUGUUGUUAUGAUGGAAAUACUCCGAGUACUUUCGAUCAGUCCAGACGCAUUCGAACAUGGAAUUGUGUUUCUAUUUAAUGGUGCUGAAGAGGUUGGACUCCAGGGAUCGCACAUGUUCAUCACCAAACAUCGAUGGGCAGCAGACGUGAGAGCAGUUUUGAAUAUGGAUUCAGCUGGAAUUGGUGGGCGUGAGUUGAUGUUCCAAACGACACCGAAUAACUUUUGGAUGCUCAAAUAUUACAAAGAAAAUGCUUUCCACCCAACCGCAACGGUUCUAUUCAAUGAACUAUUCGAUAUGAAGAUCAUACCGUCAGAUACGGACUUUCGAAUAUUUAGAGAUUACGGCAAAAUUCCUGGAUUGGAUUUCGCAAUAUAUCGCAAUGGAUACGUGUACCACACUCAAUCUGAUCGAUCGGAAAAUGUGCCAUUAGGGACCUAUCAAAAUGUUGGCGAUAAUAUCCUGUCCUUAACGAAAGCUAUUCUCAAUGCUGAAGAACUGAGAGAUCCAAAAGCUUACGAUCAACCAAAUCCAAUUUAUUUCGACUAUCUCGGAUGGUUCAUGAUCACUUACCCAGUAACCGUAGCCAUUAUCAUCAAUGUAUUCGUGUCCAUCAUUUGUUUAGUGGGAAUUGUACUAUCAAUAUGGAGUCACAUAAAAAAUUUUGAUUUGUCUGCAUCAAUGGUAUCGAUUCAAUUUGGCUUGGCAAUAAUCAUUCAAUGUGUGUCAAUUGUGCUAGGAGCUGGAUUAGUGAUAAUACUCAGCAUUGUCUAUGAUGCCUGCAAUCGUUCAUUGAGUUACUUCUCGAAUCAUUGGAUCUUAUUCGGAAUUUUUUAUUGCCCACUACUAUUCUGUUUGGGUCUCGGGUGUGCCUUGCACAUUACGUUCUUAAAAAAGAAAGAAAUCCACACUCAUCUUUAUGUCCAACUGUACUUACACGCCCAGAGCGUAUUUUUCAUUAUUCUAAUAUUGGCCAUGACUGCGGUCGGAAUAAAAACAACAUUUACCGUAACAUUUACGUUGGCUUUCUACACAUUGACCAUGUUCAUCAGUUUCUUUAGCAAAUUGCAGCUCAAAGCUAAUGUCUACUGGACUCUACUCCAGUUUGUUGGGCAAGUGUUCCCGUACAUGUUCUUGGCAUACUACACAAUACUGACGCUAGAGGUCUUCGUGCCAGUUCAGGGUAGAUCAGGUCCGACUACUAAUCCUGAUUCGAUGAUAGCCGUUACAUCGAUCUUGCUGGGUCUUUUAAUUGGAUAUCUAAUGCCAACAUUUAGUCUGUUCAAAAGACCAUUGCUCGUUGUGUCAGGCUUUUUGGUACUAUUCGUAGUCGCCAUUAUUGUUAUAGCAACACCAGCUGGAUUCCCAUUUAGUACAACUUCGCCACAGCGAUUUUGGAUUUUUGACACACAAAGGACGUUUCAUAAUUUGGAUGGAUCCGUACGAAAGAGUGACGACGGCUACUUUAUGUUAAUUAUGGACCGACACACGACUGACUACAUUAAGGACACUGUACCUGAAAUGUCUCUCGCAAUACCAACUCAAGAACAAUGUGAGACGGAAUUGUUUUGCGGUGUGCCCUUGUACACAACGAGAAUGUUGGCUCAAUCUAAGUACAGCUUUUGGAUACCACACGCUUCUACGUCUCGUCCGUUGCCAGUACCUACUCGCAUGGAAUUGGUAUCAAGAGCAACAAUGGCCGAUAAUGUUCAGCGAUUGACUUUCGAAAUAAGUGGUCCCGAUCACAUGGGUUUGUUCAUCUCACCGAAAUUAGGAAACAAAGUUAUUGACUGGACGCCUUUAGACAUUGUUCAGAAAAACGUGCCAAAAUGGGGGGAACGGACAUCGUACUUUGUAUUUUUGGGACAUGGGGGAACAAACACACCAAUUGAAUUCUUUAUCGACGUUCAGGGAAACAAUACAACCGAUGGAAUAGUUGACAUGGCAAUUGUUGGCCACUAUACACAUUAUGACGAGUUGGAAAGUGCCGAAUUGCAAACUUUUAUAAAAAGCUUUCCGGAAUGGACACAAAUGACACAUUGGAUGAGUACGUACGAGGGCUGGGUGUUUUAAAAAGUCGAAAAGUGCUCGAGCUUUACAAUAAAUGAUUGAAAUAAAAAA